AUGAGUCUAUCUCCUCUUAAUGCGGUCCCUUCUGCCUCGCUGCUUGGCCCGGGUUAUGGACCUGGAGUUUGGCCUUUGCGAGAGCGUUUGGCUUUGGCAACUGCUCUACUCGACGUGGAAAACCAGCAAGCAAGUUGGCCGGCUAUCUCCAGGAGAAUGGCUCGGUUUGGGACGAUAGGGCGCCCAGAUGACUGGUGCUCCGCGCGGUCUUGUGCGAAACAGUACGCCUUGCUGCUUGAUUCCGCAGAACUGACUCGCCGACAAAAAACUCCCACAAGCGCCGAAGUAUCUCGAUUGCACAUUCUACACAACGCACAUACUGCCCCUGUUGCAGCUGGUCUGAGCGUGACUGAACGUCUGGUGAAGUGUCUCACCGCGGAACGCGUGGAGGAGUUGAGACAUCGAAUCAGAAAUGGACAAAAGUUUUACAGUUUUUUAAAAACCAAGUUAGCCGAAUUAGAAGGUGGGCUUUUUGACAGUCAUCUAAAAACGCUCCACGAAAGACUCCGGAUCCUACCACUUGCUGGUAUUGAAGUCGACUCCAGCGGUUUACCUCGUCACUCUUCCCUUCCUGCAGAAGACGGUUCUACAGAAGCCUCCAGUAGGGAAAUAUGCCCACCCGUAACCGAUGCGGACCUCGGGAUGGACACUAACUCGAACGGGACGGAUUCUCGCCUCGAGGAGUUCUUGUCAGUCUGGGAGGAAAUGGACACCAUGUACCAUGUUCCGGAUUCCACUUGGAUAUGCCCCCAUCGAUCGGGGCCCAAAGCUCUGCAUGGUUCUUCAUCAGCCGGAUUAAACGCCUCCAAUCGCUUGACCACUCUACUCGCUGAGGCGUCAUCAACCUUUCGCUCUGCAUCCGGCUCAAAAACUUCCAUGACAUUAGCCAGUCGACCUGGUUCCCUGCUACGUAGGAGUGUCGCCGAUUCACAACAUGCGACCACUGCAACUACCAGAGCAGCCGUAGCUACUAGGCUGCGCUAUUUCGCCACCGGUGCUUGCAGGGCUAGGGGCAGAAGAGGUCGACCGAGAGGACGAGUCAGCUUGGAGCGAACCUCACUUUUGCAUCUACGUAGAAAUGUGUCCCCACAACAAACAGAAAGAGGGACAUCAAGCUCCCCCUCAAACCCACCGGUAUCUUGUAAGUCAUCGACAAAUAGCGGCAAAUCCACUCCUUCGACGGCUGCGAUGUAUUCCUCCGACACGGACGAAUUAGAGUUGGAAGCCACAGCUCAUGUCAAGGUAAAUGACGCCGAAAUGCAGUCAAUGAGCACUACCAUGCCAGUCGUGCCUAGCGAGAAGGAUGGCGAUCGUGAUGGUACUGUCAUAUCCGGUUCCGUCGGGUCCCCAUAUGCUCUACAUAGUCCCGAAACGAUGGCUGCCACAAGCGGUACGAACCACUCCGAGACUGAAGCACCGUCUGCUAGCAUUAUCUCUGAUGACAGUACUAACUUACAUAGUGUGAUCGUUGGGUCUAAUGAUAUGCUGCCUACAAUAGAACCGCCAGUACCUAUGAUUGGUUUCCUUUCUUCGGACGAUCAAACUGUGGGAUCCUCUCCCGAGUCUCUGAAUACCACCUUACCCCAUUCUAGUCAUACUUCACUGUUCCAUGAAGUCAGCCAGAACUUGGAGUCAUUGAACUCCCACACGAUCGACGAAUCACCCAAAUUUGACGUUGCCGUCUCACCGAAUUCCCCAGUAAGUCAUGCGUUACAGCAUGCUCCAGUAUCAGGGCGUACUGAUAGUCGAUCUUCUAAACGGAAACUCGAUGAUUCUGACACCAGGAGUUUUUCAUCAGAGUCCCCGAAAAGGGUGGACUAUAUCCCCCUAUUGUCAUUGCAUCCACCGCCUACCGAUUCAGAUGAGCGGACUGUCUCAAGUGACGCUGGUGACCUUGAAACCACCAAGUUGGAACACGGUGAAGAGUUGAGGAAAUUAAGCGACCACGAAUCGGUUCAUGUCAACUUUAGUUGUGUACCAGAGUUAUCGGAAGACGUUGUAGAAUCGGUCACAAUUGGUGACGCUUCAGGAGACUCGGAUAAAAAGCAGCUUGUGUCGUCUGAAGACUUCCCCCUAGAAUUUGCCUCAAUUGCGAAUCCGGUGGAUGCGACCGAUCAGCCAGAUAUCACAUGUGUCGGGUUGCAAUCUGGAAAUGAAAUCAUAGAAGAUCAUUCUGACAUUCCAUCACGCCCAACGAGCCCCAACAAGGAACCCGGAGACCAAACUGUUGAAGCUUUUCACGAUUCCUCCCAUGAAAAGCUGACCGACGACCACAGUCUGCCGUCGAGUCGGACAUCACCGGUUUAUAAAAGGCAUAUCAACGAGGCCGGAUCUCAACAACCAAGCACUCCAGAGUUGCUCUCUUUCGAUCUCUACCCACGCAGGGAGGUCGCUGUCUCGUUGUCCCCAUGCAUCGAUCUUGAUUAUGGGUAUUCCAGUCAGAUUACCUCUGACAUACCAGAAUUGUUUUCCAGUCACACGUCCACCAUUAGCCCUGAUCAUUCGACACACAAGCGUCGCCCUCAACAAAAACGUAAGCACCUAGUAAGCAAGAGACGAACAACGUCGGAUCAAAUACCCACCACUGUGAUCACCAGUUCUCCUUUUGUUUGCCUGCCUACUUUGAACUCGGAGGAAUUGAGACUGCUCACUCUUGCCCAUGAUCGAACCUUGACAGUGGCUUUGGAAUCGACGUCAUUACCGUACACAGCUGCAUAUGAGCUAACCUCCUCGACUGAAGUAACAACCGUCGCUGAAUCAAUUACCUCAUCGCCCACUUCAAAACCAGUGAAUGUGGCGUCUCCAGGCUCUCAUCGAGACUUGCGUUUACGCUUUACCCGAAGGGGCGAUAGUUUGACCGUAGUUCCAACUGUUGAUGCACAGCCCAACGGUUCUCCGUCGAAGCACACUGAGGUUCCUAACCAAACUCCUCCAUUCACGACUCCGUCUUCUAAUUCAGCAGAAGUGAACCCACCUGUAAUCCGUUCCGACUUGGAUUGGUUCAACUGGAGUUCAGAUGUUCUCCUUUCCGCCAAAUCUUCUCUGCUUGCUUUUGAAACGGCGUUGCCGGGGUUUAAAAAACAUCCAUCCCAGUAUGUCUCCGCAGGAAUCGAAACCGUGGCCACUGCACUCGAUUCCGUUGGGAAGCAGUUGAAGACUGGAGGCAUAACCACCAGACCCCAGUUCGUGCAUCACAUCCUCUCCGUAUUAGCCGACAUCGGCAUGCGAAAUGCAAUCAAUACCAUACAGUAUCAGGCUGCUCAAAGCGUCUACCUCGGUAUAGGCCGAAGUUUACACACAAACUUGUGCAGUUCCUCGCCUCUCAAGCCAGUAUCGGACUGCCUGCCGAAAGUUACAGAAGCAACGGUGAGCAAGAAGCCACGAAAGCGUCACCGCCCUCUCUAA